CCCUGCGCGCUGUGGGCGGAGCGUGCGUGGAGUGUGGUCUGAGCCGGUCGAGUCGCCGCGCUCGGUGGAGUCAUGGCUGAGUGUGGCCGGGCAUCUCAGGCUCGCGCGCUCCUGCAGCAAUGCCUGCAUGCCCGGCUGCAAGUACACCCAGCCGAGGGGGACGCUGCGCCGCAGUGGGUGGAGGUUCAGAGAGGAUUAGUGAUCUAUGUGUGCUUUUUCAAGGGAGCUGAUAAAGAACUUCUUCCCAAAAUGGUUAAUACACUGUUAAAUGUGAAAUUAAGUGAAACAGAAAAUGGCAAGCACGUGUCUAUAUUGGAUCUUCCUGGAAACAUCCUUAUCAUCCCUCAAGCCACCCUUGGGGGAAGAGUGAAAGGAAGAAACAUGCAGUAUCACUCUAACUCCGGAAAAGAAGAAGGGUUAGAACUUUACUCCCAGUUUGUGACUCUGUGCGAAGAAGAACUAGCUGCUAACAGCAAGUGCGCCGAGGCUGGGGUUGUGGUGGAGCACGGUACCUACGGGAGCAGGCAGGUGCUGCAGCUGCAUACCAAUGGGCCCUACACACACCUCAUUGAGUUUUAAAAAAUUAAAAGCUGACACAAAGUGAUCUGGACCAUAAUUAGAUUUUCUUCCCUUUCUUCUCUAAUACACUAAUCUGCAGCACUUUCAGACAAAAAAAAGUCCUGGGUCCUAUCCACAACUGUGACUUACUAAUUGGGUGAUCUUGCCAAGUUAGUUACACGUUAGAUCUCAGUCACUUUUCACAGCUUUUCCCUACACUUCCACUUAAAAAUUUGAAAAAUGCUUUCUGUUCACUCUAUGGUUAUUGUGGAAAUGUUCUUAGAGAGGUGUAUGUAAGUAUUUUGCAAUGAAGAAUUUUGUGCCAUCAAGAAAAAUAUAAUUCUUAUACCCUUAAAUAUAUGUAGUAUGUAAUAAAAAUGCCUUCACCUUAAAAUUAAGUGAAAAUCCAAAUCUAUUAUACUUUUGUCAGUUCUGUUUUACUAUUUCAGUUUUCCAUAUUUUGAGUGAAAAAAAGCAAUUUACUAUUCCUUUUAAUAUCUAUGAUACAGAAAUAUAACUGCAUUAUAAUAUUAGUUCCAAAAGACAUCUAGUUGCUUUAAAUUAUUUUAAGAGUCUUUAGUUGACAUAGAAAGAAGAUACAUGGAUUAAAAUUUGUUUUAUUAAAUAUA